AUAGCAGCCGACAAAAUGGCGGCGGCCGUGUUUAUGUUCCGCCACUUGCAGCGUGCAACAGCUAUUCAUUCCAGUUUCUCGCAAUACCUCGGUCUACUGGGCCGAAAUGGGACCGAAGUUGUCGCGAGACGCGCCGCCACUCAACGCCAAAAUGUGAAAAAGGCCGCGAAGGUAUCUACGGACGAUAGGCCUUACGUUAACGUCGGCACGAUCGGUCACAUUGACCACGGCAAAACCACCCUCACGUCCGCUAUCACCCGCGUCUUGUCCCUGGACGGCAACGCCAAGUUCAUCAAGUACGACCAGAUAGACCGCGCACCCGAAGAAAAACUACGCGGCAUCACCAUCAACGCCACGCACCUCGAGUACAGCACCCCGACGCGCCACUACGCGCACACCGACUGCCCGGGCCACGCGGACUUCAUCAAAAACAUGAUCUGCGGGACCAGUCAGAUGGACGGCGCCAUCUUAGUGGUCGCAGCAGACGACGGCUGCAUGCCGCAGACGCGGGAGCACUUGGCCAUCUGCAAGCAGCUCGGCGUCUCCCGUAUCAUCGCGUUCGUCAACAAAGCCGAUAUCGCGGACGCGGACACGUUAGAACUGGUUGAACUCGAGCUGCGCGACUUGCUCGAAAGCUACAAGUUUCCGAACGUGUCCACCAUACCGGUUAUUUGGGGAUCGGCCUUGCUGGCCAUGGAAGGCGACGAGACACACGAGUACGGGUUGCAGUCCGUCCGAAAACUGAUCAAAACAAUGGACACCUACUUCGAGCCUCCACAGCGUGACGUCACUGGACCUGUCUUGGUACCCCUAGAGGGUGCCCUGAACGUAAAAGGCCGCGGAACGGUUCUGAUUGGCACCCUCUACCGCGGCACGCUCAAGAAAGCAGACGCUGUAGAACUCGUCGGCUUCGACAAAACCUUCAAGACCGUCGUGACGGAAAUACAGCGGUUCGGUAAGACCAUCGAUGAGUGCCAGGCCGGAGACCAUGUCGGACUGCUUGUCCGUGGCGUGAAGACCACCGCGGUUGAGCGAGGAAUGAGCCUUGUCGCGCCGGGCACGGCCUCUUUGGGGAAUCGUUUUCGGGCUCAGCUUUAUCUCCUAGCCGAAGCCGAAGGUGGACGGUCGAAGCCGAUUUCCAAGAAGUACAUCAUGCCCAUCUUCUGUCGUACCUGGAACAUGCCCUGCCGGGUUGAUGUCGUUGGCGGCGGCAUGCUGAUGCCUGGGGACUAUGCUGACGUGGAGCUGACAUUACCCAAGAAGAUGAUCAUGACGCCCGGACAAAGUUUCUCGAUCCGAGAGGAGAAACGGACUGUGGCCACGGGUGUGGUCAGCGAGAUUUUGCCGAGCAUCGUGAUUACGACGACCCAAGUGGGGAAGGUGGACCUUCCGAGCUCGCAGUAGAUCGAUGGUCAGUUUUGUUUGUGAACACAGUGUUGCAUCGGCAACAGAGAUGCGUGCCGACUGGACGUUUUCGGCUGUGCAACAGAACCAUCACAGUCAUUACAGCCAAGACUGCGAUAACUCACAGUCAAAUAGGACCGUGUGAAUGGUCCUUUAGAUUUUAUGUGGUUACCUGCCAUGCUAGGGUAGAUAUUGCAAUGAGAUCAAACAACUGAUAAUGAUCCACUAAAGCUUAAUGUAACCAGAAA